AACGUCGUUUCCUGGCGCACCUUGGCCGUCAUUUCUCUUGUUCCGGGGGCCUUGCAACUGGUGGGGAUAUUCUUCAUUCCCGAGUCUCCAAGAUGGUUGGCAAGAGUUGGACGGGUGAAAGAGUUCAAAGCAUCUUUGCAACGGUUGAGGGGGAAAAAUGCUGAUGUUUCUGUAGAAGAAGAUGAGAUCCAAGUAAGUUGGGUUUGAGGAUUGUGUUCUUGAGUUAAUUGUGUAGAGAGAUUCGAUAAUAUUACUCAUGAUGCAUGUGC